AUGUCGAGCGCAGCACACGACCCCCGUUUGCUUUACAGCGUCAACAAUAUUCGCGCAUUCCACAUCCAAGAUGGCGAAGAACAAGACCUCACACCAUCCGGCGCCCAGACCCUCUCACUGCUAAUGGUCCCAACCAACACCGCCACUGCUGGUCCCGGCACCGACUCCCCCGAGGACUCAAUUGAAGACGACUUCUACCUCCACCUAUAUCUUCCACCUGAGCUGGAUAUCGCAAUCCCGGCAACUACUCAGAUCUUCCACCAGCCCCCCAACAGCUAUCUCAUCCCCCGCUGGGACAUGGGACCCGAGAUCGGCGCUUUCAUUCGUAUUCAGUUCCCAAGCAUCGGCUCAGGGUCUACCAAUGUGUCGCAGGAUGACGUUGAUACGUUUGAAUCCAUCCUUGCUCAGUGUACCGCUUUCCAUGAGCGGGAUGCUCCAGCAACAGCAAAGGGCAAGGGACAUGCCGCUUAUAACCCGGGCGAUUACGCACCGGGUGAGGGAUAUGUCGGAUCAUCAGACACGAAGAAUGCAGACCCCCAUGGAAGAAUCGUCUUGGUGGAUGAGGAAAACGGCAGCGUGGUUGGAGAGCUCGGUGACGGCUAUAACGUGGUGGAGGAUUCCGACGUGAAGCCCGGUUCUAAGAGACCUGUUGGUAUCGAACUCCCCGCAGAAGGCGAAGGUAAUCGCAUCAAUGUCAGCAAUGUCUCGGAAGAAUAUCUCGCAAUGGCCCGGCACCCGGCUUAUAAAAACUCAUCGCUCGUCCAAAGCUCUGCUACAGCAUCGCGCCUGGUCGUGACUGGAUCGACUUAUCUAGCCAACAUGCUCGCCACAGGCGCAGAGAGCUUCCAAAAGAGAACAAAGCCCAACCCCAAGCCCCUCACGUUCUCUGAGACCACGCAUGCGCGCAUUCGCAAGGUCGGCAACUUCUCCAAUGGCGCUGCAGAUCUGUCCGCGCGCACGGUCGGCCAAGUGGGUAAGGUUGCACAGAACCUCGGAGCUUCUUUGGCGCGUAAGCAAGAAUCCGGCCGGCGCAAAGGCUUUGACAAGAGCAACCCGCCUCAAGAUUAUAAGCCUGGCGUGAUGAACAAGUCAAUGAUUGCUUUCUCGACCUUGGCCGAUGGUAUCGAGCAAGGUGCCCGGAACAUGUUAUUUUCCGGCGCCAGUGCGGCCAGCUCUAUGAUUGACCACCGUUAUGGCAAUGAGGCUGGUACCGUCGCGUCCAAUUUGACUGGUGGUAUCAAAAAUGUCGGUUUGGUGUACAUUGAUGCUACGGGUGUGAGUCGACGUGCGCUACUCAAAUCCGUGGCUAAGGGUAUGGUGGUUGGCAAAAUGCGUGACGGCAAACAGGUCGUUGUUGGUGGUGGAGAUGGGGGCCAAGUUCCUGCGAACGGCGCCUCGGCGUCGGGAGCGCGGGACCCUAGGUCCUCCAGCCCCACACCGCCUCCUGCAUACGGCGCGUCGGGGACAAUGUCCCUGCCAGGGGGUAAGCGUUAA